AUGAAUACAAUUAAUGUCCAGCAUGAUCCAUCUUUUAUUGUUGAUCCCUUGCCCAUGGAAAUGGUUACAGAAGGACUUCUCUCUACUGCUAACCCUACUAGUUUCACUUUUCAAUCCCAACCAUCUUUAGUGAAAAAGAAGUCCACAUGGAAAAGGAAGGCACGUGAGGGGCCAGGUUUAUCUGGUUUUCCUGAAGCUACUAGGAGGGUAGCAAGCUGGGAUCUUCUUAGAGCCAUCAAGCCUAUUGAUAAUGUGGCAUGGAUUUGCAUAAGAGAUUUUAAUGAGGUCUUAUAUAGCUAUGAAAAAUUUAGUGCUGCAGAUAGACCUUUCAGAUUGAUGGAAGCUUUCAGAAGUGCUAUGGAGGAUUGUGCACUGAGAGAGGUCCCUUUCCAGGUAGAUUUUUUUACAUGGAGCAAUAGCAGGGAGGGGAAUUCCUUUCCUAAAGAAAAAUUGGACAGGGCUUUGGGCAAUCAAUGUUGGUUUGAUGGCUUCCUAGAUGGCUUUGUGUCGACCCUAGUAGCUCAAAGCUCGGAUCAUGCACCAAUUUUUCUCUCAGUUAACAGUGAUGCUUCUUUCAGAGGUAUUGGCUCGAGACCCUUUAGAUAUGAGGCCAACUGGUUUAAAAGGGAUGGUUGUGAGGAUGUUGUUAAAAGGGCAUGGGGAAAUACUCUCCUACAACACUCAACGAUUAGAGAAUCUACUCAAGGUCUUCAAAGAUGUCAAGAGGAGCUUUUUAUGUGGAGUAAGGCUAAUAAUCAGAACCUUAAGCAUGUGAUCUUUACUAAGAGAAACCAGAUUAAGCAUUUGCAAAGUAUUAAUCAAGGGGAUAGAAACUCUGAAAUUUUUGAGCUUAAGAGGGAAGUUGACUCAUUAUUGGAGGAAGAGGAUUUGAGGUGGAAACAAAGGGCAAAGCAACUGUGGCUUAAAGAGGGUGACAAAAACACCAAGUUCUUUCAUAGAUGUGCUUCCCAAAGAAGGAAGGUCAAUUCAAUUAAAAGUAUUACAAAUGAUUAUGGUCGUGUGCUUGACAACCCAAAAGAGGUGAGCUCUUUAUUUCAAUCUUUCUUCCAACAUCUUUUUACUUCUAUUGAUCCUGCCAGUAUAGAUGUGUGCCUUCGGAAUAUGCAGACUGUGGUCACCCCCGAAAUGAAUGUUGUUCUUACUCAAGGUAUUUCUAAUUAUGAGGUUGAGAGGGCUGUUUUUACUAUGAAUGCUAUGGGAUCACUUGGCCCUGAUGGUUUUCCAGCUCUCUUUUAUCAAAAUCACUGGGAAGUGGUUGGAUCAGACAUAUGUGCAGCAAUCAAAGAUGGUUUCUUGUCAACUGAGUGGCCUCAAGAAUUCAAUGCAACUCAUAUUACUCUUAUUCCCAAAGUGAAAAAUCCUUCAAGAGUAACUGAGUUCAAGCCUAUAAGUUUAUGUAAUGUCAUUUAUAAUAUCUUAGCAAAGAUGGGGUUUGACUAUAAAUGGAUUGAGGUGAUUCUAAGAUGUGUAUAUACUAUUUCUUAUUCAAUACUCUUAAAUGGUAUCCCACAAAGCUCCUUUACACCUUCAAGAGGGAUUAGGCAAGGAGACCCUUUAUCUCCUUACCUUUUCAUUCUAUGUUCUGAAUCUUUAAGCAACUCGAUUCAAUAUGCUGAAAGUUCUGGAGCAAUUACUGGUGUUCCUUUGGGCAGAAAUCAUGCCAGUGGUCAAAGGCUAAACAAGUACAAAACUUCCAUACUGUUUAGCAAGAACACAAAGGCUAAAUCUCAAGUUCUCAUCACUCAAAUUGCAGGUUUCAGAGAUCUUGAGCAUUUUAACCUUGCUAUGCUGGCUAAACAAUGGUGGAGACUGCUUCAAUAUCCUGAGUCCCUUGCUGCAAAAGUUCUUUCUACCAAAUACUUCCCUGAUGGCCAGUUUCUCAAUGCUACAAUCACAAGGCAUCCAUCCCUCAUAUGGAGAAGUAUCAUGGCUGCAAAACCAUUGCUAGAGGAAGGCUUGUUUUGGCGUGUUGGAAAUGGUGCAAAUACUAAGAUUUGGCAUCACAAAUGGCUGCCUAUUCCUACCUCAUUCAAAGUUCAAAGUACUGUAGAAUUUUUGGAUCUAGAGGAAACAAUUUCAGCUUUAAUUGAUCAUGAAACCAAGACCUGGAGGACUGAAGUGAUUGACCACAUUUUUCUUCAAACAGAAACUGAGAUAAUUCGACAGAUUCCUAUCAGCUACUGUAAUAGCCUUGAUAAAAUUGUUUGGAGAUGUACCACUAAUGGAAUCUUUUCUGUUAAAAGUGCAUACCAUCUGCAACUAGAGCUUCAUCAGAGAGAGGCAUUUUGUGCUUUGCAUUCAGCGAGUCUAGCUGCUGAUAUUGAACUGAAACAAAUUAACCUUGAAGUUAACUUUAUUCCUAGAAGCUGCAAUAAUUUGGCUCACUGCCUAACUAAAGAUGCACUCAAUGUUCCUGAUGUCCUUGUUGAUAUAGAGGAUGUCCCUUCAUGUAUUGCAUCCUUAUUGUAA